AUAUUUGUGUGUGUUCAGCAAGACCUUUAUUUUGACAUCUUACAAAACAGGAAGUGCCUGAAUGCGUGACUGUCAAGCUGUAGGACAUGGGGGUUAAAAUAGAGGUUUUUAGGAUGAUGGUGUAUCUGUCGUUUCCAGUGGCGAUGUUUUGGAUAUCAAACCAAGCGGAGUAUUUUGAAGAAUACAUCGUAAAGCGAAAGAGGGAGAUCUUCCCACCUGAUGAGAAAAUGCAUAGGCAAGAACUGGAGGAUUUCAAGGAGCGCAUGAGAAAGCGGAAGGAGCAGAAGAUGCUGAAACACAUGGGCGUGCAGUCUGAGGAAUGACUGGAAAACAGCAGCACUGGUUAUUGCAUCAUAGUGCAACUCUGGGAUCAAGCCUUUAAGUGAACAAAGUGUCAACCUGUACAGAAUAAGACUAUUGUUUCCAGACAUAAUUUAAGAAAUGGGUGGGGGAAAUUUAUAUUUUUGUAGUUUCAUUGCCUUUGAACCUUAAAAAUCAAAUGGUUUGACUUUUUUUGUGUGUGAUAUUACUUUAUUAUCUGUAAAACACUGCUUUUGUUGUUGCUUGUUUUGUUUUUUUUCAAAUUCAAAGUAAAUUAAAACGAAUUCCAUUUUAA